UAAAUGGGUUGAUCCUAGAACAUUUGAAAGACAUCAGCGAAAAAUAGAUCGAUUUCAUGCCAUUACUUCUGAAUCUCAGGAUUUUUCACAAUUAAAGAGUAUUAAGAACAAACCGGUUGAUAAUAUUGAAGAAGAUUUUGACGUAAUGAUUGAUAAGGAUUCUACAGAAGAUGAUGGUUAG